AAAGAACAGAGAAAAACAAAACACAUUUGUAUUGUGGUGGAAUUUGACAACUCACCCUUUAUGAAUUGAAUCAUCGUCAAAACCUUUGGCCACUGGAAGCCAAGUUGGUGUUGUUCUCCUUUUUCCUUUAAAUCUUACUCGUUUGUUUGUUUCGUUUGAUCAUAAGCUACUGGUGUUGAGGCAAUACUGGAGGUAUAAAUCAUAAAAACUACAGAAGAAUGGCAGAUCUGUUCUUGAAACAAGCAAAGCAAUACUGGAAGACUCGACCCGGUUAUCCACAACAACUCUUUGAUUUCAUCGCCUCCAAAACGCCCUGCCACGACGUCGUUUGGGACGUUGGCACUGGCAGCGGUCAGGCUGCCGUCUCCCUUGCGAGCAUAUACAAAAGUGUAAUCGGUACAGAUACAAGCAAAAAUCAGAUAGAAUUUGCUCCAAAGCUCCCCAACGUCCGUUACGAAUGCACUUCUCCCAAUAUGUCUAUGUCUGAAUUGGAAGCGAAGAUCGGGGCAGAGUCGAGUGUUGAUUUAGUCACGGUAGCUCAAGCGCUCCAUUGGUUCGAUCACGACGCCUUCUACAAUCAAGUCAAAUGGAUACUGAAGAAACCACAUGGUGUAUUCGCAGCAUGGUGCUACACGACUCCAAAAAUUGAUGAUGAGUUCGAUCAUGUGUUCCAUAAAUUUUACGCAGAAUCAAAACCUUAUUGGGAAUCGCAACGUGGAUUGGUGGAUGACAAGUAUACCACCGUCAAAUUUCCUUUUGAUCCGUUGGAUGGAUGUGAUCACACGGGUCCGUUUGAGUUUGAAACCAAGCAGCCGAUGAGUUUGGAUGCGUUCUUUACGUACGUUAGGUCAUGGUCAGCAUACCAAACGGCAAAAGACAAGGGCGUGGAGUUGUUGAGCGAUGGUGUGAUCGAGGAAUUCAAAAAGGCUUGGAAGGAAGACACGAGUGUAGAAAAGAGCGUUACGUAUCCGGUUUAUCUACGGAUCGGGAAAGCUGGAGACGCGGUUAAACCGGCGAUAUGAUUUGCAUGUUAAAUCCGUGGUAUGAACAAUAAUUAGUGAAGUAUCUCAUAGCUGGUAUGAUGUAUUUUCGUAAGGGGUGAUUGCCUUUUGUACUAAUGAUGAAAUAAAGCGGAAUUUGAGUCCAUAAAUUAUGUACAAGUUUCUAAACGUGACAAAUACAUAUUUCAUUCA